AUGAUUAUUUUAAAUAUUUUGUUAAUGAUAGAUGUGGAUAAAUUUAUAAUAAAAUCAAUAAAAAAGGCUAUAAAUAAUGAGUUAAAAAAUCAUAGGAAUUUUAACAAAACUUAUGGAUUCCUUAAACCUCUCACAUCUAAUCAUAACAAAUCAACACUUAAUCCAAACAUUAAUAAACCUAUCAAAAAUCCUCAAUACUAUAAAAUCAUUAACAACUAUUCUUAUAACAAUUUUAAUCCAAAAAUUAUUAACUCAUCACAAUCUAUAAAUAACAACCUUUAUUUCCCAUGUGUUACAACUGAUAAUGUCGCUUUACUUGAUGAGAUUAUCUAUAAUGAUUUAGAAAAUGAAAAAGAACUCGUAAAUCACACAUCUAAAGAUGUAGAUAUAGAUUUCGAAUUUAAAUUAUUAGAAUAUGAAGGAUACAACGAUCAAUACCUUAAUUACAUAACAAGACUAUUCAAAGUAUUAAGGUUAUCUUCAGAAAGUAACCUAUUGAGUGAACUGGAAAUUAAAGUCAGAAAUUUGUACAAUAAUCUAGACUUUGUUGGCUUGUUACACUUAUCCGCAGUACUUCGUUCAAUAUAUAAAACUGAGAAAUCCCUGAACUACAGCGAUUUUCUGCAGAAUGUCCUUAAAUACCUAAACUACGACGAAAUUAAGUCACUUUAUUCCUUCAAAAGGUAUGAUAAGGUUACCGCAAGGGCUCUAUUUAAACCAGACAGUAAGCUGGAGGAAGAUGUACAAUAUUUGCUAGAGUCAAUUUCAUCAAGCAAUCCAAACUCAUUUAUCGCGAGUUCAACAUCUAAUGGAGAAUUUAGUAGUGGAAACAGUAAUCGCAAGUACAAUAUAAUGAAUUACGAUGAAUUGGACUAUGAUAAAUACUUUAAAAAAGAAAAUAAAACAAAGGAUUUUGUGUAUCAUUUGACACCAGAAUCGCUCUCAAAAUUGACAAAUUAUUCAAUUAUACAAGUAAGUUUCAUACUCGACUAUAUAUAG